CAAUGUAAACCGAUAUCCAUUUUGAUUGAUAAAAUUUUUCUUUUUGAUUAAAAUAAAGUCUAUCGACCGUUCUGCAAAAAUAUUGUCCUUUGGUUGUUGUUGUUGUUUUUGGACGAGAGUUUCUUCAUUUGUUAUGAGAGACAUGAUCAUGAAUCGUUUGGAAAAAUAUUUUGAAUUAAAACAAUCACCGAACAUACAGGCAAUGUAUGUUUGGAUUGAUGGCCGUCAACAAUUACGUUCAAAAACAAAAACAUUAAAUUUUCAACCAAAAUCAAUAACCGAAUUACCAUUAUGGACAACUGAUGGUCAUUCAACUUAUUUAACAGAAAUAAAUUCUGAAAUUUAUUUGUUACCAAUCCGAAUGUAUAAUGAUCCAUUUCGUGGUGAUAAUAAUCGAUUGAUAUUUUGUGAAACAUUGUUGGAAGAUUUUAGCCGGACAAAAUCGAAUACAAGACAUUCAUGUAAUUUGGUUAUGGAUAUGAUUGCCGAUCAAGAACCAUGGUUUAGUAUUGAACAAGAAUAUUCAUUACUGGAUGGUAAUGAUCGUAAUAAACCAUUAGGUUGGCCAACAGGUGGUUUCCCAGGGCCACAAGGUCCAUAUUAUUGUGGUGUUGGUGCUAAUCGAGUAUUUGGCCGAGAUAUUGUUGAAGCACAUUAUCGUGCAUGUAUGUAUGCUGGUAUUAAGAUUGCCGGUGAAAAUGCUGAAGUAAUGCCAUCACAAUGGAAAUUUCAAAUCGGUCCAUGUCCAGGAAUUUUGAUUGGUGAUGAUCUAUGGAUGGCACGUUUCUUAUUACAUCGUAUUGCUGAAGAUUUUCAUGUUUCGGUUACAUUUGAUCCGAAAUCAAUUCCCGGCGAUUGGAAUGGUGCCGGUGCUCAUACAAAUUUUUCGACCAAAGCUAUGCGUGAAAAAGGUGGUAUGGCUGUGAUUGAAUCAGCUUGUAAAAAAUUGGAAAAGAAUCAUGCCAAACAUAUUGUCAAAUAUGAUCCAAAUGGUGGUGCUGAUCGUAGUGCAUCGGUACGUAUUCCUCGACAAGUUGCCGACGAUGGUUAUGGUUAUCUUGAAGAUCGACGACCAUCAUCAAAUAUGGAUCCAUAUGUUGUAUGUGAACAAUUAGUUCGAACAAUUUGUCUAAAUGAAUAAUAAUGAAAUAAUCGAUUCUAUCGAUUGAUAUUCGAUUAUUCAAUUCGUUCUUUACUUUUCGAAUCGAACACAAAAAAAUUCGAACCAAUUCGAAUUCAAAAAAAAAAAUAUAUAGUCUUUGUGUCUGUUUGUGACAUUGAAAUUCAUUUGAUCUGCAGAUCUGAUCUGAUCGAUCGAUAUAUAAUUAUCUUGUUGAAAUGUGAAAUGAAAAAUCACCAAAAAAAAAAAAUAUACACGAAAAGAGUUCAAUC